AUGGCGUAUUACCCCUAUGAACCUCAUCGUGAUAUUUCUUGCAAGCUCUGCGACCGAGAAUGUGCUUUCAAUGCGUCGUUAUUGAUGUGCCGAUGCGUCAGACGCGACAUCGCCCUGCCCUAUGAAGUCGAGUGGGACAAGGAACCUUCGGGGAAGAGACGAUUCUGCGAUAACGACAUCACUUUUACCCGCUGCUGGGUUCGUGUUCUGGACGAGGUCGAGAAAUGCAUCGACAAACACUGCAAGAAGCAAUGCUGGGAAGAUCAGUACGAAGUAUCUAUCACGCAGGAUCCUUGGCCGGAUCCCUACUUUUUUGAGGAAGAGAAAGAAAAAUUCAAGAGGAUCGAUAUAAGGAAUUUUCGGGAAGCUCGGAACAAUCUCACCAAAAUUAGGAUUGUCUUCGGAACGCUCAACAAGAUCACAUACAGACACAGGGCUAAAUACGAGCAAAUUGAAUUAUUCUCCUACAUGGGGGGCUUCAUCGGGAUAUGGAUUGGAGUUUCGUUCCUGAAUGUCCUCGAUUAUGGGACGGUCCUCGCCAAUUGGCUCAUUCGACGGAUUCGACAGUACAGAGAAGACAAGAAGUUCGCUGCUGCUUUAAGCGGAGGUUUCGACGAUGGCACGAAACAUUGAAAUUCUACU